AUGGGUGGCUCAGAUGAUCAAGUUGCCAUGAUGGGAGAUAGUUUCCCUCUCGACUCUAUUCCGAGAACCCUCUUUUCAUCAAUGACGAAUGACAAAUUUGAAUCACGGUCGGGCUUCAAUUGUGAAAAUCAAUUCGCUCCCCCUUUUCCAGCUCAGCCUGGCGUGGAGGUUAGUAAAAGUGAUGCUAGCAACUCAAAUGCACUACCUGCAGCAAAACCGAGCUCUGUGGGAAGUCUUGCCGAGAGGAUGGCAGCUCGAGCUGGUUUUAGUGCCCCACCAAGACUGAAUACGGAAGCCAUUAAACCACCGAAGCUUCAGUCUCCUUAUUUGACUAUUCCUCCUGGGCUUAGCCCAACCUCUCUGCUUGAGUCUCCCGUUUUCCUCUCUAAUGCAAUGUUGUUCUCUACUGCUGAUGAGAGGCAAAGCAUAGAAGACCCUCUUAAACCUCAACCGAACAAGAGCGGCCUUCUUUUUGAUCAGUCAAAUUUCUCAAAUCCGGAUAAGAUCGACUGUCCUAUUUAUCUACCCGAUAAUUCUUCGCCACCACCCGAUGAACACGAAGAUGAGGACCCCACAGCCAGCAAUUGCUCGGGUGAGGACGGUUACAGCUGGCGAAAAUAUGGGCAGAAGCACGUGAAGGGAAGCGAGUACCCCCGAAGCUACUACAAGUGUACACACCAAAACUGCCCGGUAAAGAAGAAAGUCGAGAGGUCCCACGAAGGCCACGUCACGGAGAUUAUUUACAAAGGGGCCCACAACCAUCCGAAACCUCAGCCAGCUCGCCGCUCGGGACUCGGACCUCUAAACGCGUUCGAGAAUAUGCAGUCCAUCUCAAAUGGUAAUCCCGUUUGGUCUGUGAUGGAAAGGGAGAAUUUUGCAGGUAUACCUGAAUGGAAACCAGACAACCUUGAGCAGAAGUCCUCUUUGCAGUCGGGCUGGGAGUAUAGCAAUCGGGCUGGGACCACUUUGCCGGCCCACGGAGGGGCCCAAUGCGAGUUAACAGAAGGCCUAGAGGACUCGUCGACUUUAUCGAAUAAGGAGGAAAGUGAUGGAGUGACGCAUGGGAGUGUAUCGUUCGGGAAUGAUGGCGAAUUAGAUGAGUCCGAAUCUAAGAGAAGGAGGAUGGAAACUUAUGCUCAAGAGGUGUGUGGGGCAACCAGAGCCAUACGGGAGCCGAGAGUUGUGGUCCAAACGAAAAGUGAUGUGGACAUUCUUGAUGAUGGGUAUCGUUGGCGUAAGUAUGGUCAAAAGGUCGUGAAGGGAAACCCAAAUCCAAGGAGCUACUACAAGUGCACCAGCCCGGGGUGUAACGUCCGUAAACAUGUGGAACGAGCUUCUCACGACCUCAAAUCAGUAAUAACGACUUAUGAGGGCAAGCAUAACCACAAUGUCCCCACAGCCCGGAACAGUGGUUUGAACUCGGGAGGCCCGAACACUCAACAAGCCCAAAAUGCUGCAAAUCGUAUGGCCCGGCCAGAGCCCGGCCCGAUUCGCGGCAGGGCAACAUCGCUUGGGAGGCCGCCUUUGACUUCAUUCGGUCUGCUGGGCCAGCCACAGGUGUUGCGCCCUGGAUUUGGAUUUGGGAUGAAUCAGCCUGGCCCAGCUGGCCAGGGAUUGGACCUCUACACUGGAAACCACCAGCCUUGUCUAGCAAAUGAAAUGGGUUAUAUGAUGAUGCCAAAAGAGGAGCUGAAGCUGGAGCCCGUGAUGGAUUCUGGUUUGAACUCGGCUGUGGGGUUCUCGGCAUAUCAGCAGCUUAUGGGUCGACUGCCGCUUGGACCACAGAUGUAA